CCCCACCCUGGAAUCGGACUGCGCGGCUGCCGCUCGGCCUCGUCGCCUCCUCACCUGGACGCCGCCUCCGCCCCCCGAAUCCCUCUCCUCUCCUCGGCUCUCGCAUCUCGCCCAGGCAACAGGCAGGCGCCGGCCAGCUGCGCGUCCCCCUCCCCCGGCCGCGGCAGGGCGCCGGCGUCCCCAUCCGGACGCUCGCCCGCGCAGCGCCGUCCCCUUCCCCAGCGCCCCAUCUCCGCUCAUUCGACGGCCAGGCGCAGCCUCUCCCGGCCAGACCGCGACCGGGUGGGCAUCGCCAGCGUUCCUCCCCUUCCCGGGCGGCCUUCGGCCUUCCCCGCUAAUGCCUCUUCUUUUCCUUUUCCUUUCGGCGCACCUUCUCGACGCGACGGUGGGCAGCGGGCGUCAAGCGACGACAGUGUUCCCCGAUGCGAUCCUAGAUGUGCAGCCACGGACGGCUGGGGCUCUCGCCUGCGGCUAAAGCCAACAUGAAUUUAGCAACUAUUGGAUUGCUCAUAUUUCUAUAUUAAGGAGCUAGCAGUAAUCGAUUUGAUAGUUGUCUGUUGGGGGUUAAAUUGUGUGGAUUAUGAAUGGCAAUCACUGUAUUAGGAAGUUCGAUCUCGUGCACUGCAUAUUCAAAACAUAAACACGCGCUGAUAGGCGAGAGGAUUUAUUCCGUAUCAUGACUUGAUAUUUGCUUCUUAUUUACAUAAGUCGUGAAAGUCUGGAUGUUUGCAUAUAUCUUGAUUCUUGCAUGAUCCGAUUCAUGCGUAUUGGUGGGUAGUGCUGCAUAUUUGGCGUGGCAAAGAGAAAAAGAUACUAAAAGGAAAAAUUUUAUUGUGUACUGAUUUUUUAGAUAAUACCGAAUACCAAAUUGUAUGUUGAAAUUUUAAUGCGGCAUACCCUAAAUUUCAAUCCUAGGUCAGCCGGGGCACGACGCGAGUGGCGGAGAGCAGCGGAUUGCUCCGUUGCGGAGGGCUAGGCCUCGCCGGCGGAGGCAGGCCUUGGGCGCCGCGACGCCACGUGGCCGCCGCUGCAGCUGUGGAGGGCGCGGCGCCGCGACGGUGGGCCAGACAGCAUGACGGCGGGACGGUCCGCCGGUGUGGAAUCCUUUGCCCCAGCUGCUGGUGGGACACCAUGGAAGGGGCGGCUACGCUCUUACCACGCGACCCCUCAAAGUUUGCCCAUGCCGAGACUCCCUUCCAGUUCCAAGAACCGAGAGGUGGAAGAUGAGGUCUGCCCAACUGCUGGUGGGACGCCAUGGAAGGGGCGGCUACGCUCUUACCACGCGACCCCUCAAAGUUUGCCCAUGCCGAGACUCCCUUCCAGUUCCAAGAACCGAGAGGUGGAAGAUGAGGUCCGCCCAACUGCUGGUGGGACGCCAUGGAAGGGGCGGCUACGCUCUUACCACGCGACCCCUCAAAGUUUGCCCAUGCCGAGACUCCCUUCCAGUUCCAAGAACCGAGAGGUGGAAGAUGAGGUCCGAACAUUAAACAAGAAAGUUGUCCCCAAGAAGAAUGGGAAAUGCCGCAAAGCUGGAGCUGCGCGGCAGCCGAGGGCACUUCGAUGCCAGUUGCUGCGGCGUAGGGGGAGCGAUCCAGAGCACUCAAUUGUGAUUGAGGAUGAAGUAAACGAGGAAUAUAAGGUAAGGGAUGAUCAAUCAGCAAUGAUGCCUCUACGCAGAUCUCCACGAUUCCACCAGGAAGAUAAGAUUGUUGGGAAGCCGUUAUUGCCACCAAAUUGCCAGGAGACAUCUCAUAAUACAAAGGCUCAAAAUGCAAUUAGGAAAGACAGAAAUCAAGUGAAUCUGAAAAGAAAUAGGAAAAAUGCUGGAUUGAAGCCUUUGGCAAGGAUGAAAAGCCACAAUAAGCCUCAUCAACUUUGUCAAGAUCCUCAAGAUAUUUUUACUAGGAAAAGGGUUACAGGUGUACCUCGCAUGAAGAGUGAGAAGCAACAAGAAAAGCCCAGUCAUUCUGUGGUGCUGACAGGUAAGAGGAAGAGAGGCACUGAAAGGUCAUCAAAAAAGAGGCCAAGUUACAACUACAAGGAACCUAAAUCAUUGCCUGCAUAUUUCCAAGAAAAUGUACCUAGCAAUGAACCUAAAAAGGCCAUCCACAAAAUGAUUGAAAAGGACCCUUCUAUUGUGGCGAAGCCUAAAGCUGGUCAUGAGAAAUUGAUAAACAUUGAUGAAAACAUUGACGAGCCAAGUAGGACUGAAAGAGAAGGAAUGGAAAAUUUUUGUGGUGCAGAUGAUUGGACAGAAGAGCAGGACAUGGCAUUGCGUAAAGCUUAUUUCACUGCACGACCAUCCCCACAUUUCUGGAAGAGAGUCUCAAAAUUGGUGCCAGGGAGAUCUGCCAAAGACUGCUUCAACCGAAUUCAUGCUGACCUCUCGACACCCACUCCCAUUGCCCCACGUCCCAGAACAUGUAAAACAACAUUUUCUCCUAUAGGAAAUUUCUCAUUGUCUGAUCCAAAACUUCCAAAUCUCUUGGAAUCGACAGUCGGAAGGCAAAGGACAGCUAAACAGAAGAGCCUAGCGACUCAAAAGACGGUGAGGCAUUUGUUACAGAAGCAUUACCUCGUCGACCAAGCUCAAGAGGCCGAUCACUUUUCAUUAUUUGAAACCUCACCAAGUGCCUUUCAACUGAACAUAUCUUCUGAGUAUUCUCCUCAGACUCCCGAAAGUUAUUCAAAUUCAGGUUCUCCAGGCAAGUGCAGUGGAAGUUUGUCAGCACGAAAGAAACCGUUUUCACAAUUAAGAGCUGAGCGAGCAGAACCGAGCCCAGCAGUUCUGAAGCCCAUCAAGAAUGUUAUCUUACAUGAGAAAUAUGUUGACCAGUUGUCUCGCAGAGAAGGCACAAAAAGGCCUCGCAAAAGGACUCCAGGCUCUAAAGGCGCGGGUUCUGCGACGACUGUUUCUCGGCAGGAAGCUGGUGGCCUGAAGGCUGCAAAAAAUGCUCUCAUCUCGGAAGCAACUGACUUUAUAAGCCAGUUCAAGAAGUUGCAAGCCAAUUCCCUUGUGCACAUUGUUGAAAAUAGAGAGGAUGAUGAUAUUGAAUGUGAUGCUAGUGAUAAUUGCCAUGAUGAUGAUAAUUGAUAAAGAAUAAGGAGGUUCUUACAGUAGCUACCAUUAGCAUUUUUUCUUUUUCUUUUUUAUCUUCAUUACUAAAGCUGCACUUUGGAUAACAUGGCCAGUUGUGCCAAAACACUGGCUAGGUAUAUGCAAUCACUGUCAGCUUGUUAUGCAUCUAGUUUUGUGCUUAGCGGCAUAUGAUCCACUAAAACAACUUGUUUCCUGUCUCUACUGUUACAUUUUGAAGGAUGAACUUAUAAGAACAGAUCCCAGUUUUGCACUUAAAGAUGUUGGAAGUGGCAUGGUCAAUUUGCCAAGAUAGAAAAUUGGCAUUUUCUAGUACUGGAGGCCUCGGUCUGGUGAUCAUACAUGUGGAUCAGCUUCCUCUAAGAUGUCUUUGACCCAGGACCUAAAGUCAGCACAAGAGCAUUAAAUUGCAGCCUUUGCAGAUCGAUACAUGUGGAUGCACAUCUACGUCAUACCUUGAAAUUUUAUUUUCUAAAAGUGGCUUCAGUAUCAAUUCUGCAGUUCAGUGA